CUGCAUUCUGAAGGCGAGCUCUGCUCUUCUGUGGCUUCUUUGAAGCCUGCGAGCCAGGAGUGGGACAGAGCAGAGAGCAGUGGAGUUCUCUCUCCAGGGAGAGCUAGAGGGCUGGGCAGGGCUGCCUGCACAAUGAGGGGACUCCUGAGCCUUCUCCUCACCUUCCUUCUCUCAGAAGCCCACGGCUUUGAAAUCCCUACCAACAGUCUCCCAGAAUUUGCAGAAUAUGGAGACCUUGUGGAGCUGGCCCCGGGACGAUUUCACUUUGUGCCAGAGCACCGGAGAUAUCAGAGGAGUGUGCCUGCAGACUCCGAGGAAGCGGUGGAGGAGGCCGACCAGGUAACACUGUACAGAUACAAAGUCCAAUCCACCAUCACAUCCCGGCUGGCCCACACCGUUGUCCAGGCCAAAAUGGUCAACAGUUCCCCGCGGCCUCAGGACAUGGUGUUUGAUGUCCAGAUCCCCAAAGGCGCCUUCAUCUCCAAUUUCUCCAUGACUGUGAAUGGCGUGACUUUCAGCAGUUCCAUUAAGGAGAGGACUGUGGGUCGGACUCUGUACUCACAGGCCAGAGCCAAAGGCAAGAGUGCUGGGCUGGUAAGGAGCAAGAUGCUGGAUAUGGAGAACUUCAAAACAGAAGUCAGCGUCCCUCCAGGGGCCAAGGUAUACUUUGAGCUGCAUUACCAGGAGGUGAAGUGGCGGAAGCUGGGCUCCUAUGAGCACAGGCUCUACCUGCAGCCGGGUCGGCUGGCCAAGCAUCUGGAGGUCGAUGUGUGGAUCAUUGAGCCACAGGGAAUACAGUUUCUCCAUGUUCCAGACACAUUUGACAACCACUUCCGUGGCAUCCCCGUCAUCUCUAAAGGACAGCAUAAGGCUCAUGUCUCCUUCAAGCCCUCUGUGGAGCAGCAGAGAAAAUGCCCCAAUUGCUCCGAGACGGUAGUGGUUGGAGAGCUGGUGGUGAUGUAUGAUGUGCACAGAGAAGAGAAAGCCGGAGAUCUCCAGGUCUUCAAUGGCUAUUUUGUCCACUUCUUUGCUCCGGAUAACAUGGACCCCAUCCCCAAGAACAUCCUUUUUGUCAUUGAUGUCAGUGGCUCCAUGUGGGGGGUAAAAAUGAAACAAACGGUGGAGGCGAUGAAGACCAUAUUGGAUGACCUGAGGUCUGAAGACCAGUUCUCUGUGGUUGAUUUCAACCAUAACGUCCGAACCUGGAGAGAUGACUUGGUCUCUGCCACCAAAACACAGGUUGCAGAUGCCAAGAAGUAUAUUGAGAAAAUCCAGCCCAGUGGAGGCACAAACAUCAACGAGGCGCUGUUGCGGGCCAUCUUCAUUCUCAACGAAGCCAACAACCUGGGGUUGUUGGACCCCAACUCUGUCUCUCUCAUUGUCUUGGUUUCUGAUGGUGACCCCACUGUAGGUGAGCUCAAGCUGUCAAAGAUUCAGAAGAACGUGAAGCAGAAUAUCCGUGACAACAUCUCCCUGUUCAGCCUGGGGAUUGGCUUUGAUGUGGACUAUGACUUUCUGAAGAGACUUUCCAACGAGAACCGGGGCAUCGCACAGAGGAUCUAUGGCAAUCAGGAGACCUCCUCCCAGCUCAAGAAAUUCUACAAUCAGAUCUCCACUCCACUUCUCCGGAACGUUCAGUUCAACUACCCCCACACAUCAGUAGUGGAUGUCACACAGAACAGCUUCCACAACUACUUUGGAGGGUCUGAGAUCGUGGUGGCGGGCAAAUUCGACCCCAAGAAGUCAGAGCAGCUCCAGAGCAUCAUCACGGCAACAUCGGCUAGCGCAGAGCUGGUCUUGGAAACUCUGAGUCAGAUGGAUGACCUGGAGGACUUCCUGUCCAAGGACAAGCACGCAGACCCUGACUUCACCAAGAAACUGUGGGCCUACCUGACCAUCAACCAGCUUUUGGCCGAGCGGAGCCUGGCGCCCACGGCCACCACCAAGAGGCAGAUCACCAAGACCAUCCUGCUGAUGUCGCUGGAGCACCACAUCAUCACCCCGCUCACCGCCAUGCUGAUCGAGAGCCCGGAGGGGGACGAGCGCAUGCUGGCCGAUGCCCCGCCCCAAGACCACUCCUGCUGCUCGGGUACCCUACACUAUGGCAGCAAGGUCGCCCCAGACGCAGUCCCGGCUUGGGCCAGCUCUCUGCCUGCCACAAAGGCCCCAAUGCUGGCUCAAAGAGGCCCCCUGCUGGAGAAGGCACUACCCUCUGUGAAUCAAGUGGAUAAUGACCCGCACUUCAUCAUUUACCUGCCGAGAAGCCAUCAGAAUAUCUGUUUUAAUAUUGACUCAGAACCUGGCAAGAUCCUCAGUCUUAUUUCUGAUCCAGAGUCAGGAAUUCUGGUCAAUGGCCAGCUUGUUGGUGCCAAGAAGGCUGAGAAUGAGAAACUGAGCACCUAUUUUGGAAAGCUGGGCUUUUAUUUCCGGGAUGUCGACACAAAGAUAGAAGUCAGCACAGAGACCAUCACCCUGAGCCGGGGCUCCCGAACAUCCAUCCUGUCCUGGUCCGACACGGCUCAGGUCAUUUUUCAGAGGGUGCUUGUCUCCGUGAAGAAGGAGCAAAUGGUGACAGUGGCCCUGGGGGAGGAAGUGUCUUUCUCGGUCCUACUGCAUCGCGUGUGGAGGAAGCACCCGGUUAAUGUAGACUUCUUGGGCAUCUAUGCGCCCCCCACCAACAAGUUUUCACUGAGCGUCCACGGACUGAUAGGCCAGUUCACGCAGGAGCCAGAGAUCCGGAUCUCCAGGGAGCGACUGGGGAAGGAUCCUGCAAAGCCCGAGGCCAACAUGGAGGUGAAGGGACAUAAGCUGCUUGUCACCAGAGGCUUGCAGAAAGACUACCGGACCAAUGUGGUGUUUGGCAGCAAUGUGCCCUGUUGGUUUGUGCACAACAGCGGGAAGGGCUUCAUCGAUGGGCAUUACAAGGACUACUUCGUACCAGGGCUCUACAGCUUUCUUCAGUGGCCCUAGCGGCCAAGGCUUUGGAAUGGGAUGGACAAAUACACCUUCCCUAUCACCUUUGCAGCCAUUCUCUGCCUCGAGUAAAGCAAAGCUAACCAGGUAGCAUGGCAGGUCAUAAAUAAAUGCUUUAUAAAGGG